AUGUCCCUGAUCAAAAAUGCUCCUGACGAGUUGGAGGGCGUCCACACACACUCCUUCAAGCUGAAACCGUUCAAGAAAGCCAAGAGCUGCGACAUAUGCAAGCAGGCCAUCACCAAGGAGGGCCUCAUAUGCAAAGGUGAGUGGGCCAGACGGGCUCAGACAGGGAGAUUUGAGAAAGCAGACGGUUGUCCGGGUGAAAUUCCGACAACGGCUAUUCGGAUACUGUAA